AACUAAUAAUAAUCAAAUCGAAGGAAGCAGCAGCCCAUGCCAAGUCGAAGCUACUAAUCUAGCAGUAGCAGCAAUAUGUGAGGGAGUCAAGGUCAAGGCAUAUGAAGUACCACCCAAUCAUCAUCACCAACUUCGCAGCCAUGGCUUCCAUAUAUACAGCGGCCUCUGCUCCUCCUGGAGCCUGAACACAUGCAGAGCUGGGCAGAGCCGAAGCCUAGCUACCUACCAACCCAGAGGCAGGCGAGGAGGCAGCUCCAAGCAGGAGCUAGCUGUUCGUGCCUUGUAGAUAGGACAGUGCAAGAGCAAGAAUCAAAGCCGUGCUGAUUGAUUGGUUGAUUAGUGGUAGGUGGCCGAGGCAGCUGGGAUAACCAGCCAUGGACCGAGAGGUGCACCGGAUGGCGAGCCUCCGGCGGGAGGGCUCGCUGUGGCGGCGCGGCGACGACGUGUUCUCGCGGUCUUCGUCGCGGUUCCAGGACGAGGAGGACGACGAGGAGGCGCUGCGGUGGGCGGCGCUGGAGCGGCUGCCCACGUACGACCGCGUGCGGAGGGGGAUCCUGGCGCUAGACGAGGGCGGCGAGAAGGUGGAGGUGGACGUGGGGCGGCUCGGCGCGCACGAGUCCAGGGCGCUGAUCGAGCGGCUCGUCCGCGCGGCCGACGACGACCACGAGCGGUUCCUGCUCAAGCUGAAGGAGCGCAUGGACCGGGUGGGCAUCGACUACCCGACCAUCGAGGUGCGGUUCGAGAACCUGGAGGUGGAGGCGGAGGUGCACGUCGGCAACCGCGGCCUCCCCACCAUCGUCAACUCCGUCACCAACACCAUCGAGGCCAUGGGGAACGCGCUCCACAUCAUCCCCAGCCGGAAGCAGCCCAUGACCGUCCUCCAUGACGUCAGCGGGAUCAUCAAGCCACGGAGGAUGGCUUUGCUGCUGGGACCUCCUGGGUCAGGAAAGACCACCUUGCUUCUGGCGUUAGCCGGGAAGCUCGACAAAGAACUCAAGGUUUCGGGGAAGGUCACCUACAAUGGCCAUGGGAUGAGUGAGUUUGUCCCACAAAGGACCGCUGCGUACAUCAGCCAGCACGAUCUCCACAUUGGGGAGAUGACCGUGAGGGAGACCUUGGCCUUCUCGGCACGGUGCCAAGGUGUUGGUACUAGAUAUGAAAUGUUGACUGAGUUGGCGAGAAGGGAAAAGGCAGCGAACAUCAAGCCUGAUCAUGACAUUGAUGUUUAUAUGAAGGCCUCAGCUAUGGGAGGGCAAGAAUCCAGUAUUGUCACAGAUUACAUACUGAAGAUAUUAGGAUUGGAGAUUUGUGCUGACACAGUGGUAGGAAAUGAGAUGUUGAGGGGUAUAUCUGGUGGACAAAGAAAGCGUGUGACAACAGGUGAAAUGCUUGUUGGUCCAGCACGAGCUCUAUUCAUGGAUGAGAUAUCCACUGGACUGGACAGCUCAACCACAUACCAGAUUGUGAACUCCCUUAGGCAGACCAUCCACAUCCUUGGCGGAACUGCUGUCAUCUCCUUGCUGCAGCCAGCGCCUGAAACAUACAACUUGUUUGAUGACAUUAUACUCCUCUCCGACGGGCAGGUUGUGUACCAGGGCCCCCGUGAACAUGUGCUCGAGUUCUUUGAGUUCAUGGGCUUCAAAUGUCCCUCCAGAAAGGGUGUUGCUGAUUUCUUGCAGGAAGUUACAUCAAGGAAAGACCAGGGGCAGUAUUGGUACAGGCAGGACAGGCCAUACCGUUUUGUGCCUGUAAAGAAAUUUGCAGAUGCAUUCCGCACCUUCCAUGUGGGCCGGUCCAUACAAAAUGAACUUUCAGAGCCAUUUGAUAGGGCCAGGAGCCACCCUGCUGCUCUAGCUACUUCAAAGUUUGGUGUCAGAAGGAUGGAGUUGCUCAAAGCUACAAUUGAUCGAGAACUUCUACUCAUGAAGAGGAACGCAUUUAUGUACAUUUUUAAGGCUGUUAACCUAACUCUUAUGGCAUUUAUCGUGAUGACCACAUUUUUCCGAACCAGUAUGCACCGUGAUUUUACUUAUGGAGGGAUCUACAUGGGGGCACUCUACUUUGCCCUUGACACAAUCAUGUUCAAUGGUUUCGCAGAGCUUGCCAUGACUGUCAUGAAACUGCCUGUUUUCUUCAAGCAGAGGGAUCUUCUCUUCUUCCCUGCAUGGGCCUACACCAUACCAUCGUGGAUUCUUCAGAUCCCUAUCACAUUUUUUGAAGUCGGAGUUUAUGUAUUCACCACAUACUAUGUCAUUGGAUUCGAUCCCAGUGUGAGCAGGUUCUUCAAGCAGUAUCUGCUGCUCCUUGCACUCAAUCAGAUGUCAUCUGCACUAUUCCGCUUCAUUGCUGGAAUCGGAAGAGAUAUGGUCGUGUCUCACACCUUUGGGCCCAUAUCGCUGUUGGCCUUCACAGCACUGGGUGGCUUUAUCCUUGCAAGACCUGAUGUGAAGAAAUGGUGGAUUUGGGGUUACUGGAUCUCUCCGCUCUCAUAUGCACAGAAUGCAAUUUCAACAAAUGAAUUUCUGGGGCACAGUUGGAACAAAAUUCUUCCUGGACAAAAUGAGACCAUAGGAGUUCAGGUUCUUAAAUCUCGUGGCAUCUUUACUGACGCUAAGUGGUAUUGGAUUGGGCUUGGUGCCUUGAUCGGAUACACGCUCCUGUUCAACCUGCUCUACACUGUAGCUCUUUCAGUUUUGAAUCCAUUCUCUGACUCUCACGGAUCAAUGUCCGAAGAGGCAUUGAAAGAAAAGCAAGCCAACUUAACUGGUGAAGUCAUAGAGGGUCAUAAGGAAACGAAAUCUAGGAGGCAGGAACUGGAGUUGUCCCACAGUGUUGGCCACAACUCUGUGACUAGCAGUGAGGAUUCUGGUCAAAGCAGGAAGGGGAUGGUACUCCCAUUUCCAUCAUUGUCCCUUACCUUCAACAAUGUAAAAUACUCAGUGGACAUGCCGGAGGCAAUGAAAGAACAAGGAGUAACAGAAGACCGGCUGUUGCUUUUGAAGGGUGUUAGUGGUUCUUUCAGGCCAGGAGUACUUACUGCAUUGAUGGGUGUUAGUGGUGCCGGAAAGACCACUCUGAUGGAUGUAUUAGCAGGCAGAAAAACUGGAGGCUAUAUCGAGGGAGAUAUCACUAUCUCAGGCUAUCCAAAGAAGCAAGAGACCUUUGCACGUAUAUCAGGAUACUGUGAGCAAAAUGAUAUUCAUUCUCCACACGUAACAGUAUAUGAAUCACUCCUAUUUUCUGCAUGGCUGCGGCUUCCUUCAGAUGUUGAUUUGGAAACAAGAAAGAUGUUCAUCGAGGAGGUCAUGAAUCUUGUAGAGCUCACAUCAUUGAGGGGUGCACUUGUUGGGCUUCCUGGAGUGAAUGGCUUGUCAACUGAGCAACGCAAGAGGCUAACUAUUGCUGUGGAGCUUGUUGCUAACCCUUCGAUCAUUUUUAUGGAUGAGCCAACCUCUGGUCUUGAUGCUCGGGCAGCUGCAAUUGUGAUGAGGACUGUAAGGAACACUGUCAACACUGGCAGGACUGUUGUCUGCACCAUUCACCAGCCAAGCAUUGACAUAUUUGAAGCAUUUGAUGAGCUUUUCUUAAUGAAGAGAGGAGGAGAAGAGAUAUAUGUUGGUCCAGUGGGCCAGAAUUCCUCAAAAUUGAUUGAAUACUUUGAGGAAAUUGAAGGCAUCAGUAAGAUAAAGGAUGGAUAUAACCCAGCAACGUGGAUGUUGGAAGUGACCUCUAGUGCCCAGGAGGAGAUGCUCGGGAUUGAUUUCAGUGAAAUCUACAGGCAAUCAGAAUUAUAUCAAAGGAACAAGGAACUCAUAGAGGAGCUAAGCACACCACCUCCUGGCUCUUCUGAUCUCCACUUCCCUACGCAGUACUCUAGAUCGUUUGUUACCCAAUGCCUAGCUUGCUUGUGGAAGCAGAACUGGUCCUAUUGGAGGAACCCAUCCUACACGGCAGUGAGAUUACUCUUCACCAUGGUCAUUGCGUUACUGUUUGGAACCAUGUUCUGGGACCUUGGACGAAAAACUAAUAGAAAACAGGAUCUAUUCAAUGCCAUGGGAUCAAUGUAUGCUGCAGUUCUUUACAUUGGAGUGCAGAACUCUGGUUCUGUUCAACCAGUGGUGGUGGUGGAGCGAACAGUCUUUUACCGAGAAAGAGCAGCUGGCAUGUAUUCAGCUUUCCCCUACGCAUUUGGACAGGUUGCGAUUGAAGUUCCGUACAUCCUAGUUCAGACUUUGAUAUAUGGUGUGCUAGUCUAUUCAAUGAUUGGAUUUGAGUGGACUGCUGCCAAGUUCUUGUGGUACUUGUUCUUCAUGUACUUCACACUGCUAUAUUUCACAUUCUACGGGAUGAUGGCAGUGGGCUUGACACCAAAUGAAAGCAUAGCUGCUAUCAUCUCAGCAGCAUUCUACAACGUAUGGAACCUCUUCUCAGGAUAUCUGAUCCCUCGACCUAAAAUCCCUGUCUGGUGGAGGUGGUACAGCUGGAUCUGCCCAGUUGCAUGGACGCUUUACGGAUUGGUUGCCUCCCAGUUUGGUGACAUCACACAUAAACUCGAGGACUCGGAGACAGACCAGACCGUGGCGCAGUUCAUCACGUCGUACUUUGGCUUCCACCACGACUUCCUGUGGGUCGUCGCCGUGGUGCACGUCGCCUGCGCCGUGAUCUUCGCGUUCCUGUUCAGUUUUGCCAUCAUGAAGUUCAACUUCCAAAAGAGAUGAGGAAGAGAUUGCCGUUCUUUUGCAUUCGUUUAUUGGCAGAGGAUGCACAGCUGCUGCUAUGUGUAACAUCCACUGCGAAUCUAUUAGACUAAGUAGCUAUCCUGUAAUGAUAUAGAGAUUUAUUUUGUACUUCAAGCAUGUAGAAAUAUUAGAAGAGGCUAACAAGCCUUGUCAAAAGAGUCGAGCCUCAUGCCUCUGGCCAGCUCUAGCUGAUACUUGUCUGAGGCGCAGAGUGCUUCUCGGAGAAUGUAAGCCAUGUCAAGUAACGAUGUUGAUCCGACGAAUCAAUUGAACCAAAAAUUUUGUUCGUCAA